CCUCCUGUGGCUGGUGCUCUCUCCUUCCACCCAGGGCCAAGUGCACCCUGACGAAGGGCCCCCCGAGACUUGGGGCCUUGGCUCCAGCCUGGCCUGGGAGGCCCUGGGAGGGGAGGCCCGGCAGCUGCAGAAUGACUCCUGCCGGUGAGUGGCUUCUGGGCUCUGCGGGGUGGCGUCUCUGGCCGCUGCCUCUCUUUCCGCUGGCUCUCCCCAGUAGGGUGCACUGCCCUCCGCCACCCGCUCUUGGAAGAGGUGGGGGGUGGGCGGAGGCUGGGGUGGGGGAGGAUGACCAGGGCUGCUCUUGGCAGCAAACACAGGCUGCCCCCCACGGACCUGGCGAGGUGGUGAGCCCAGGUCCUGCCAAGCUGAGGUGGCAGCGGGGGGCCCGCCAUGGGGUCCUGGAAUCCCAGCACCUCCCCAGGAAGGAACCCACUGUGCGCACGCCCCUUGAAGGAGAGAGUGCUCACCUCCCCGACCAGCCCUUCCCUCUGAAGCAAAGCCAGGCCCCCACACCUCGGGCCCUAGCCCGGGCCGCUCUUCGUGGCACCUCCCUGCACCCUGCCCUGCCCCGUGCGGCCCCUCCUGCACCCUUGGCCUGGGCCCGGCCGCUGGCGACGCGAGGCAGGCGGGUGGCCCCUGCGCGCAUGCUCGGCCCCUCCCUCUGCAGGCUUGUCCUCGUGGAGAGCAUCCCUCAGGACCUGCCGUCUGUGGUGGGCAGCCCGUCCGCCCAGCCCCUGGCCCAGGCCUGGCUGCAGCUGCUGGAUGCCGCCCAGGAGAGCAUCCACGUGGCCUCCUUCUACUGGUCUCUCACGGGGCCUGACAUCGGGGUCAACGACUCGUCCUCACGGCUGGGAGAGGCCCUUCUGCAGAAGCUGCAGGAGCUGCUGGAUAGGAAUGUCUCCCUGGCGGUGGCCACCAGCGCCCCGACACUGGCCAGGAAGUCCACCGACCUGCAGGUCCUGGCGGCCCGAGGAGCCCAGGUGCGACAGGUGCCCAUGGGGAAGUUCACCGGCGGCGUCUUGCACUCCAAAUUCUGGGUCGUGGAUGGGCGGCACGUCUACGUGGGCAGCGCCAACAUGGACUGGCGGUCCCUGACACAGGUGAAGGAGCUCGGUGCCAUCAUCUACAACUGCAGCCGCCUGGCCCAGGACCUGGAGAAGACCUUCCAGACCUACUGGGUGUUGGGGGCGCCGAAGGCUGUCCUCCCCAAACCCUGGCCCCGGAACUUCUCCACCCACUUCAACCGCUUCCACCCCUUCCAGGACCACUUUGACGGGGUGCCCACCGCUGCCUACUUCUCGGCUUCGCCGCCCGCACUCUGCCCGGCUGGCCGCACCCGGGACCUGGAUGCGCUGCUGGCGGUGAUGGGGGGCGCCCGGGAGUUCAUCUACGCCUCGGUGAUGGAGUAUUUCCCCACCUCCCGCUUCCGCCACCCCCCCAGAUACUGGCCGGCGCUGGACACGGCGCUGCGGGUGGCAGCCGUCGGCAGGGGCGUGCGGGUGCGCCUGCUGGUCAGCUGCUGGCUCAACACGGACCCCAGCAUGUUCCCCUACCUGCGCUCCCUGCAGGCCCUCAGCAACCCCGCCGCCAACGUCUCCGUGGACGUGAAAGUCUUCAUCGUGCCAGUGGGGAACCACUCCAACAUCCCAUUCAGCAGAGUGAACCACAGCAAGUUCAUGGUCACGGAGAAGGCGGCCUACAUAGGCACGUCCAACUGGUCGGAAGACUACUUCACCAGCACCUCGGGGGUGGGCCUGGUGGUCAGCCAGCGGGCCCCCCACACCCAGCCGGGGACGGCCACUGUGCAGGAGCAGCUGCGGCAACUGUUUGAGCGAGACUGGAGCUCCCGCUAUGCUGUAGGCCUAGACGGGCAGGCCCAGGGCCAGGACUGUGUUUGGCAGGGCUGAGGUCCAGCCCUUCCCGGCUGUGGGGCCCCACUGCUCCCGUCAGGCCUCCCUGCCCGGUCCCCAGUCUGGACGCCAAGCAGCUCCAUCUGCCAAGCGCUGGUCAGGGGCAGCACUGCCCUGAGCAGGGCAGGUGCAAACUCUUUGCUCUCCAAAUCUAGCCCCUUAAACCCCACCUCCUCCAGGGAGCCCUCCAGGAUGCCCCUCCCCGACUCCCAGAGAACCGCAACUCCUGCCUUUAGAAUACGUGUGUGCCUCCCCA